GGAUGUUUACGUAUGAAGUUGAAAUUUGUUGAUUGUGAAAAUGUAAUGAAUAUUCCGUUUGUUCACUAAAGUAAAACAAGAGAAGAACUUCUUCUUUCAUUGAUUUUACUCAAUCAUGUCAUGGUUGAGUGAUUUGGCAGGGAAGGCUGAGUCUCUCCUUGAAAAAGUUGACAAUACAGCAGCAACAGCUCUACAAAGAGAUGAAAAAGCUGAGCAAAAGGAUGURAACACAAGAGAAGAACCUGAACAAAGCCAUGAUGAGAUUGGCUAUGAACCUAGAAUAUCAAGAACUGCUAGUGAAGGCAGUUUACUGAGACCAGGUCCCACAGCACCUAUCAAGGCAAGACCCCCAUCAACUACUAGACCGCAUUCAAAGCAAUUAAGAAAAGAUAGCAAAGAUGAUGACCAGCAGCUAUUUGAGUUUCUGAACAGUAACGUUCCCACUUCAAAACCAAAGAGGUCUAACACUCCAAGCCCUAGUCUGACAAGAAARACACCUGAGCCAUURUCCAGUAUWGYGGCCGAUAGGAUYGAUGGCAAGAAAACACAAGAUGAAGAUAAAGGUCCACAUCUCAGUUUAGACYUAGCAUCMAACAAAGAACCAGUGGUACAGACAAUCAACCAUGAGUCGCCCAGUCAGCCAGCCCCAGCUGUCAAUCACCCAGAACAGGACCGGAAUUCAAAUCUUGAGCUUGAGAAUAAGUUAUURAGAAAAGAAGUGGCAUCUYUGAAUGAAGAAAUGGUKUAUCAGUUACAAAGRGCCAAAGAUGCAGAAAAAAGUAAGAAAACACUUAAAAAAUAUGUAUGUGAGAUGAAAGGACAGCACUACAGUACUUACCUGCUUAUAAGAACCUGCAAUUUAAGAACCUCACAAAUACAGGAAUUCCAAGUAGAAAGAGAAAGAUUGUUAAAAGAUCAUACAGAUUCUUCUGGGGUGCAUAACCAUGCUCUUGAAGUCAUGAAAACUAAACUAGAAGAGGCUGAGAGGAAAYUGAAAAUGGAAGAAGAGGCUCGCCAAAAAGCACAGCACGAAGCGAUGGAAAGACAAAGUAAGCUCGAAGAAGAACAACACGCCAUGGCGGAUUCGCUUAAAAACUUCCAGAAGAAAGCUAACGAAGAGAAAACAAGAGCAAACGAUCAAGUAUCAGCAUUAAAGAUUGCCAAAGCUAACGUCGAAGCGUCAAGACAAGAACUUAAAGAUUACAAAGAAAAGGCGGGUCGAAUCCUCCAGGCAAAAGACAAAGUCAUUGCAACUCUCCGUGAAGGUCGCCAUGGUGAUGACUMUAUUGGGGGAGGGGUGACUAGUGCGGAAUUAGACGAGGUAUGCCAGGAAAGGGACGCUUUACGAGAGGAAUUGAAUCAGGCAAGAUUUCGAGUGGAGCAAAUGAAGGGAGAGCUACAAGACCUUGAGCAUAAUCACCAGUCAGAUGCAGACAUUGCACAAGAGAAGCUUGAUAUUCUACAAGGACUUCUGGACGACGAGAAGAGAAAAAAAGAAGCCUGUGARCAGGAGAUCAGAACCCACAUGGAGGAUGUACGAUUUGCUCAGGAUGAAAUGCAAAGGACGAAAAACAGUUUUAUGAGUCAGAUACAGGAACGAGAGGGAGAAAUCCAAAGGCUCAGAAAUCAACUUGCAAACAAAACACUAACGUCUACUAGCGAAGCUGAAUUGGAGAAUAGAGUGCGAGCACUCACAGAGAAUCUCAUCCAGAAACAAACGAUGAUCGAAGCGUUAAGUACAGAAAAGAACUCGUUAGUUUUACAACUAGAACGACUCGAGCAACAAUAUCGAGACGUCCAGGCCUCCUCGGCAAGACAUAUCAAAUCWACUUCAGUAACAUUUGAUGGCAUUGAGGAUAACGAUGAAAAUACACUUUCCCGUGUCAAAUCYAUCACGUCGGUGAUGCCAUCACAAAUCAGUGACUCUCGUCAAGUUAAAAGAGCUGUCAAUCAAAUAGAUAAAUUCAGUAUCAGAAUUGGACUGUUCCUUAGACGUUACCCAAUCGCCAGGUUAUUUGUCAUUUUAUAUAUGUUCAUGCUUCAUUUAUGGGUUCUGAUUGUACUUCUAACCUACCAACCCGAGGUCCACGCGUCUGAUCCUGUUGGAAUGCCACAAAGACCCGCAUCUAACCCCACAACGUGACCUAAGGGCAACUAUACCGAAUAUGUACAGAAAAUCGACAAACAGAUAAACCGGGCAUAUUGAAUAAUCCGACCUAGAGAUAAGUACAUACAUUGAAUG